CCACCAAAUAACGUUUUCCCCCCAUUCAAUGACGUCACCUCCCGCUAGACGCACUCGACUCUCUGGCUGAAACGCUUGUUCACUGCGGUGGAAAAGCAAACGUAAGGAAGACGAAUUGCCCUCAACGGAAACCAAUCUAAUUUAGGCACUGCCCUGCAAGGCUGAGAGAUGAAUCCAGACCAGCCACCCCCAUACCCCGGCCCAUCAGCUCCAGUUUAUCCUGCCCAAGGCCAACUUCCUCAUGACUACCCGCCUCAGGGUUAUCCUGCCCAGGGGUACCCCGUAAACAUGCAGCAGCCUAAUGCAAAUUACCCCAGCUACCCUCCCGGCCCAAUGGGAGCUGGAGGCCCCUAUCCAGGGCAGGGACAGCCACCUUAUCAAGGUUAUCCUGGACAACCACAAUACGGCUGGCAGGGUGGGCCUCCACCCGGACCCAUGUAUGGAGAACCUCCUAAAAACACAGUGUACAUGGUGGAGGACAGAAGAAGAGACAACUCUUCCUCAGAGACGUGCCUGACAGCCUGCUGGACAGCCCUAUGUUGCUGUUGUCUCUGGGACAUGCUGACAUAAUAGUUCCCAGCACCUUCAUUACACUCCCCCCUGCUCCCUACGUAUUUCUGUGUGCCUCAAAACACUAGGAUCCCUUCUUCCCAGUUGGCCUUAAAUCUUGUGUCCCCUCUUCAUUUUGCCUUCAUUUCUUUGAACACCGUGCUUAUAAUGCAAACUUUUUUUUCCCCCCAGUGAAUGUCAAUAUGAAGUCCUUAGCACCAACUGACUAAGCGACCGACUAUUAUCAGGGGCGGCCUUUGGAGCAGCUUGUAAUUGAGCUUCAUUAUCUGUCCUGAGCAUACAUUUAGAUAAAAAAACAACUCACAGAAAAAAAAACCUCUGGUUUUUGAUUGUUGUGCGUAAAGAUGACAGCAAUGUCAGAACAUUCUGAAUAAGACAGACCUACAAGAACGUGGAAGCAACAUCACAUGCAUGCUAGGCUAGUUAGUUGUUGAUGUUUCACGGUGGCAGAAGCUGCUCUUAAAUAUAUUUACUCUUUGCUGGAAAAGCAUUAUAAGCACACAUCAAAUACUACAACAGCCCUGUGCUCUGCCUUUGCUGUGUUGGUUGUGACAUACUGAAAGAACAUUGAUAAGCAUGCGUGUACAUUUUAAUCAGUAUUUACACUGAAACACUAACUUCCACUUGAAAGGGUUUUUAAAGGUCUGAGCUUGCAGGCUCUGAAAAGUCAAAACACUGUCUUUUGCGGAUAAGAAUGGCGUAGGGUAACUUGCACUUGAUCACUGUCGUUUUGAAAUUGUCCCACACUACCCCGUGUUAAGUGAAAAAAUGCACAGAGCAACUAUAACAGACACACAGCAUAUAUUGCGACCAGGCUCAUCUCCAAUGAGGGUCUCAAGCACUUUAUGAUGUUCACCUCUGUAUGUGUGUUGUCACUCCCGUCUGCUGUCUUGGGCUCUCCGCGAGCUCCCUUUUUUGCUUUCUUAGCGACAUUCUUUUAUCUUGGUCUCCCGUUGUCACACGGAUCUGUAAGCCGCUGUUUACAAGUGAGCUAAAGAAUGCGCUCUAAGGAGCUGACAAUUGGAAUGUUCUUUUUUCCCUCUGGAUUUCACAUUGUUUUGAAAUUAAAUGAGAAAUACAAUGCAUUUUGAGGAUGACGGUGAUUUACGUUGCAUUACUUUUACCUGAUUAACUUUAAAUAAUCACACUUUUUUCAUCACAAUUAAUGUAUUUUUGCUUUUAAAAUAUGUUAGGGUUUAACUGAAAACGAGAAACCAUGCUGUGAUCAAUAAAUAAAUGCCUGUUUGCUUCAAAUGGAAAUCUUUGAUUAAAAUAAUGUAUUCCUAUCAAGUGAAA